UCACGCCGCGGGCCGGGAAGGGGCGGGCGGCGGGGAAGAUUUCCCGGAACCAGCGGGUCCCUGGCGGCCGGCACUGCCCCGAUCUCCCCGCAGGCCGAGGGUGCCGGGAGCCGCCCGCCAUGUCGACGGUCGCCGCCGCCAGCUGCGACAGCAAGGGCGCGGAGGAGGCGCGGGGGGACAAGAAGCCGCUGAAGCCCUGCUGUGCCUGCCCCGAGACCAAGAAGGCGCGGGACGCCUGCAUCAUUGAGAAGGGGGAAGAAAAUUGUGGGCACCUAAUUGAAGCUCACAAAGAGUGUAUGAGAGCUCUGGGCUUCAAAAUAUGAGUGAGAUGACCAGGACUGUGAUUGUGAUGAUGUCUGUGGUGUGACUUCGUUCUGGAAAGCUGCAAAAUAAAUUAUUUCUGCAAGUUACUUCAAAGAACAAAUAUAAACAAAGCAUCUAUUUAUGAAGAAUCUCUAAUGAUAGACCAUGCAUCACGUCUGAAGCUUUUCCACUGUUAACUCUUGACCUCUGCUAUAGAAAAUAUAUUUUUUCCUGUUAAUAAAAGUCUGAAAAUGACCAA